AUGGAUGAAAUUACAAGUUGGGAAGAUAUAGAAAAUGAUGGUAAUUUAUUUAACAUUUUUUCAUCCAACUUUGUAUUAAAAAUAUUUUUUUAAGUAUAUGUUUUUUUAGAAUUUUUUAAGCAAUUUUUUGAUGGUGAAUCCAAAAAAAGUGAUAUCAAUCAAGUCCUGUCAGUAGCACAACGAAUAAAUAAACUAGGACAAGGUAAACAGAAAAAUUAUAUCUCUAACAUAAACUAACAUUAUAAUAUAUUAUAAUGUAUAUAUAUUUUUCAUAGCGAUUGAAAUAUUGAAUGCCGAAUUACAAAAGCAGGUGUUAGCUAAUCACGAAGAUUUAUUGUCACAAGCAACAUGGGUAGAAAAAUUGGAAGGUGUACUUUCAAUAAUGCAAUUACAUGUUCAGAGCUUUUUGUCAGCUGUGGAACGUUUACGUGGAAAAAUUAUUGAUCCUUUUAAUAGAAUUGAGACUCAGACAAUUGUUUUAGCAAGGCUUCAUGAAACUUCUGAUUUACUACGGAGAGUAGCUAGAAUGCAACAUUUAUCAAAACGUUUAUGUUCUCAAAUGACAAAUAAUAUGCAAGGUCCAGAUAUCAUAAAAGCUGCAAAUAGCCUUCAUGAACUUGAACAAUUAAUGAUGGAUACAGAUUUGAAUGGAUUAGACGUUAUUGCUGAUGAUCAACAAAUCGUAAAAUCUCAUAGGACAACGGUACAAAGAAUAGCAACUCAUACUUUGUCUCAAGGAUUACAAAUGAUGGAUAGAACUAAAGUUAGUACAGCUGUACAAGUAUUUCAAAAUCUUGGAAUUGUAAAUGGAGCUAUAGAUAAUAUUAUAGAUUCUGCCUUGUUUGAGAUUGAAAAAAUUGCUUCAGAAUCAUUAGAUGUAACUUUAACAGCAAAUCAAGAUCUUGGGAAAAGGACAGCUCCUGGACGAGCUGCUAUUCCUUCUCCAGGUUCUUCAGGAAAUUUACGUACACGAAUUUGGGAUAAUCUUGAAAGACUUUUUCAAGAUACUCUUUAUACACACUGUUUACAAAUUGAACUAUUACAAAGAAUACUAUUAGAACAUCAUGUAAAAGGAUUAGAUGAACUAUCACAGACAUUUUGGAACAGAGUAAAUACUCUACUUUCUAAAGUAUUGGUUGAACGUGCACAAGGCUCAUCAUUUGUAAAACAAGCAUUAGAAGGCGAAUAUCCAAAAUUUUUGAGAAUAUUUCUAGAUUUGAGAAAGCGUUUGAAGGAACGAUUACAGAGUAUUGGUAUUUACAAAAUCAAUCAUGAUGUAUUAUUACCAUUUGAAAAUGCAUACUUAUCUCGAUCAGUAUCACGUCUACUAGAUCCAGUGCAUACUAUGUUUUCUGGAGAAGGAUUACCUUCACAGGAUGAAAUUGAUAGUCUUAUACGCACAGUAACAAACGAAUUAAGUGUCUCAUUGGUUGAUGAUGGUCUUUCAAUGAUAGUUGCUCGUAAUGUAGGGAAAGCCGUAAGACUUUUUUGCUUAAAAUGCGAACAAGGAUUAUUUGUAGGUGGAGAAGCUAGUCAAGUAAUUGAUUCUCCAACCACUGUUCAGCAAACAAACGUAUCUCUUGCAAACCUACUUUAUUAUCUUUCUAGUCAAAUAACUCGUGUAAUAGCAAAUUUAUCUGGUCUACCAUCUGAAGGAAGUUCAGUCAUUUUUGUAGCUCUUAAAGAAAUAGACAUAUUAACAAAAAAUAUAUUAUCGCCACUAUUAGCAUCUAUUAAUGAUGCAAUUGAAAGUAUUAUUUUAACCAUGCACGAUGAUGCAGAAUUUCGAGAUCCAAGUAAUCCUGUAGGAAAAGAAAUUAACUGCUCGCUCUAUAUGCGUGAAUUGCAAGGAUUUAUUUUACGUUCUGUAAAUACAUUUCUUAUGCCAUAUAAAAAUCAAGCAAUAGUUGCUGAAUGUUGUAAAUCUGUUGCUUCACGAUGCAUUGAACUUUUUGUAAGACAUGCUUGCUUAUUAAGACCAUUAACUGAUUUUGGAAGAACCAAACUAAUUGUUGAUUUUAGUCAGAUAGAAGUAGCUGUUGCUCCAUUAUGCAGAGGAGGACAAUUGGGAUCAUCAGAACAACAACAAUAUAGAACAUUACGAGCACUAAAAACAUUACUUUCACUUAGUCCUGAUGAAAUUGUCCAAAAAGUUUUGGAAGGAGAAGGAGAAUGUGGUAUACCUCGUUCCCUUGUUCUUUUAUACUUAUUUUCUACAGCACCACCAGAAUUGGUGUCUCCACAUCAGAGUACAAGUUGGUCUGUGGGUCGACUAUCUCAGUGGAUGGAUAAACAUCCAAAUGAAAGAGAUAGAUUAGCUUUCUGUAGUGGACCACUGGAACGUUAUCAGUUAACAGUCAGACAACAAAAUCUUCCAACAUUUCACCCAUUAUUUCCAUUAAUGAAAAAAUUAACUGAUUUAAAUGAACAUUAA